CAGAACUGGCCAAUGGUAGUCAUACCUGGCGACACGGAAGUGGCGUAAAUUGUGAAUAUUCGUGUACUUCCUGUCUUCUGCUUUACUGGGGGUGCUGAUCGAGAAUUGGUUUUGUUUUGUAGAGCCAGGUUUGGCUUCAAUUGCAAGUUCUUUGUGUCCUCUGACCAUCCACCUCGUCGGUUCCUCAUGAAAGACGGGGAGUGUAACUUCUUCUGCUUCUUCCGUUGCUGCUGAGUGGUGUCGGGCUAGUCUGUGGAACCGUGUUCUCCGGGAGCUGUAGUUCCCCCGGUGACGCUGACGGCCGGAGAGCUGUCAGUCAGUCCCAGAGAGAGAGAGAGAGAGAGAGAGAGAGAGAGAGGCUCUGCCGGGGAAUGUCUGUGGACAUGAACAGCCAGGCCUCUGACAGCAAUGAGGAUGACUUCGGGGUCAACUCGGAGGAGGACGAGGAUGACGACGGGGGUGACGAUGAGGACCAGGGGGACAUAGUGGACUACUACGACGGUGUGGCCGGAGACAUGGAGCAGCAGGGGGCCGACUCGUUUGACCCAGAGGAGUACCAGUUCACCUGCCUCACCUACAGUGAGAUCCAGAAGGUGCUCUGCAAGGAGGUCAACAGUAUCGCUGCCAUCCUGAAGGUUUUACCUGCUGUAGCCAAACUGGUCCUUGUGCAUUUUCACUGGCAAGUGUCACAAAUACUGGACAGAUACAAGUCCAACUCAUCUCAGUUGCUGUCUGAGGCCCAGGUCCAGCCCAGCAGCACCUGCAGAUCAGUUCCUACCCCUCAGUCCCUCCAGUGUGGGGUGUGUCUGCAGCUGGUUCGGAGGGAUGCCCUGCUUGCGCUGCCCUGCCAGCACUCCUUCUGCAAAACAUGCUGGGAGCAGCAUUGCACUGUACUCGUCAAAGAUGGGAUGGGAGUGGGUAUCUCCUGUAUGGCUCAGGAUUGUUCCCUCCAAAUGCCAGAGGACUUUGUGCUCCCGCUGCUGCCUGGUGAGGAGCUGAAGGACAAGUAUAGACGCUACCUCUUCAGGGACUAUGUGGAGAGCCACUUCCAGCUGCAGCUGUGUCCAGGGGCAGACUGUCCCAUCGUCAUCCAAGUGCAGGAGCCACGGGCCCGCAGAGUACAGUGCAUCCGCUGCAAUGAGGUCUUCUGUUUCAAAUGCCGGAUCAUGUACCACGCCCCAACAGACUGCCCAACCAUCCGAAGGUGGCUAACCAAAUGUGCAGACGAUUCAGAGACCGCCAACUACAUCAGUGCACACACUAAAGAUUGUCCUAAGUGCAAUAUCUGCAUUGAGAAGAAUGGAGGCUGCAAUCACAUGCAAUGCUCCAAGUGCAAACACGACUUCUGCUGGAUGUGUCUGGGGGACUGGAAGACCCAUGGCAGUGAGUACUAUGAGUGCAGUCGCUACAAGGAGAACCCAGACAUCGUCAACCAGAGCCAGCAGGCACAGGCCAGAGAGGCCCUCAAGAAAUACCUCUUCUACUUUGAGAGGUGGGAGAACCACAAUAAGAGUCUCCAGCUGGAGGCUCAGACGUACCAGCGGAUCCAGGAGAAGAUCCAAGAGCGGGUGAUGAACAACCUGGGCACCUGGAUAGACUGGCAGUACCUGCAGAACGCUGCCAAGCUGCUGGCCAAGUGUCGCUACACACUGCAGUAUACUUACCCCUACGCCUACUACAUGGAGUCUGGUCCUCGUAAAAAACUGAAUGUUCGUUGCUGUGGGAGAUCGUGCUGUCACAAUGCAUACGAUUUUGAGUACCAGCAGGCCCAGCUUGAGGCAGAGAUUGAGAACCUGUCUUGGAAGGUGGAGCGAGCAGACACCUACGAGAGAGGGAGUGAGGGGGAGCUGAGCGCCAAUGACCGAGGGGAUCUGGAGAAUCAGAUGCACAUUGCUGAGCAGAGGAGACGCACGCUGCUGAAGGAUUUUCACGACACCUGAAGUUACCAUCCUACUGCAAAGCACCAACAGCUCCCUCCUUCAUCCCUCCCUCAUUAAGUGCUCUAUUUGUCUGCUACAGGGUCUCAGAAUGGCACAGUCCCCCCCCCCCCCCCCCCCCCCCCCAGAUUUGUCAACAACGCCACAUUCUUACACACUACACCAUGAAAUGAGAAAGCAUGCACAUGCUCGCGCGCUCACACACCUACACAAACACUCUUCAGAAAAUAAAACAAAUUCUUAAUUUUCCUCCCACGCGGUCCCACCAUCCUUCUACUUUUCUUUCUUCUCACAUUGUUCACCUUUUUCUGGAAAUGGCUGUUGAUAGUUAGAUCGUUUAAGAAACGGAAAAUUAAAAAAAUUCUGUAAUUUUCCAUGGUUGUACAUUAAUACAGAUAGUUACUGAGUUUUUAAAACAAA